CAUGUGUCCCUGGACAAAGUGCAGCCCCUGUACCAGGCAGCCGACCUCCUCCAACUGGACUAUGUGAGAGACACCUGCAGCAGCUACAUGGCCAUGAACGUGGAGCGCUCAACCUGUGUGGACCUGUACAAGUUUGCUGAUGUCUUCUCUGUGGACAUUGUCCGCAAUGCUUGUUUCCAGUUGAUCCAUAGAAACUUUGUUGAGGUUGCCACCAGUGAGGAGUUUUGCAGCCUGAGUGUGAAUCAACUGACUGAGAUCAUCAGCCACGAUGAGCUGGAUGUUAAAGAGGAGACAACAGUGUGGGAGGCUGUGGUGAGAUGGGUGCAGCACAGCAGGGAGGACUGGUGCCGUUAA